CCCGCCUCCUUCCCCAGCCCCUUCCCACCUGAUACCCCAGCUGGACUCUUAGUUCGCUCCCCACCUGACACCUCAGCAGGACUCUUAGUUCGCUCCCCACCUGAUACCCCAGCUGGACUCUUAGUUCGCUCCCCACCUGACACCCCAGCUGGACUCUUAGUUCGCUCCCCGCCUGAUACCCCAGCUGGACUCUUAGUUCGCUCCCCACCUGACACCCCAGCUGGACUCUUAGUUCGCUCCCCGCCUGAUACCCCAGCUGGACUCUUCGAGCGAUCUGCUGCGCCCUCCCCAGCU